AUCGUGAGAGGGGUGUCACACAUGGGUGGUAUAAGAGCAACGACCCCAGAAAUCUCCAUAUGAACUAAAGAUCUCCACGAUUCCCGAAGCACGACUUCAACUAAUGUGAAUUGUUUCUUUAUUCUUAAAAGUAUUAAAAUGUCGGGAACAAGAACUCAAGCUCAAAAUGCCGCUAACGACCCACACAAUCAAUCUCGUACCAUCCAAGACUUAACUGCCCUCGUCGGAGAACAAAAUGAGCAAAUCAACCGCCUUGUUAACCUCCAAAAUCGAAACCCUCAUCCACCUACUCCACCUCGAAAUACAGCCCCACAAGCCAUCUACGAGAGAUUCUUGAAAAUGCAUCCUACUGAGUUCCAUGGCGGCCCAAAUCCAACCAAAGCCGAAGAAUGGAUCAAGUCCCUCGAGGUUAUCUUCGAAUACAUGGUGAUGAACGACAGCGACCAAAUCCAUUGCGCAUUAUUCUUGUUGAAGAAUAAAGCCCAAAAUUGGUGGAAAUGCGCAAAGAAUGAAAUCGAUUCAGCAAAUACCACUUGGGAAGCUUUCAAAGUUCUUUUCUUCGAAAAGUACUUUUCCAAGAAUGUCCGAGCACAAAAGCUUAAAGAGUUUAUUGAACUCAAUCAAGGAAACCUACCCGUUACCGAAUUCACUCGUCGUUUCGAGCAAGGAAGCCUAUACGCAUCUUUCAUAUACAAAGACGACACCGAGAAGAUGAAUCACUACCUAAGGGAUCUCAACCCGAUAAUGAAGCAUGACGUUCGACUAACCUCCGCUUCCACUUUCCACGGAGUAGUAGAUAAAGCCUUGGAAGCCAAGCAAGAUGAGAUGGAAAUCCGACAAUGGCUACCUCCUCACGAUGCCUCUUCUCGACCAUGGAAGAAACCGAAGCUCAACAACGCCAAAAGAAAGCAACCGAGCAACAAACCCUUUUGCCCUAAAUGCAAUCGGGAGCACUCCGACAAUUGUGUUGCCGGGACCAACUAUUGUUUUCGAUUCAAGCAGCCCAGGCAUAUGGUCCGAGACUGCCCAAUCGCCCCGAGGCAAGUGCCAUCGCCAACAAAAAUACGCAAAUAA